AUGGUGGGACCUUCUGACACGAGAAGGCGGGGCAGGCGUUGUGAAUAUCACAAAGAUCACGGUCAUGAUACGGACAGUUGCUAUGCCCUGAAAGAUCACCUUAAGGAAUUGGUGCAAGAUGGCCAGCUCCAGCAGCAUGUCCGGAAGAGCACAAUCAAAACUAUUGCCCUUCGGCAGAAGUCACCUCCCCUUGGCGUUAUUCAUAUGAUAUACAGCCUUCCAACGCCACGUACAAUACAUGCAAUUCAGUCAGCCUCCCAGAAGCAACGCACACAAACGAAACAGCCCCACGAAGCUCAGAGUAUUAUCUUCGACGAUUCUGACCUUAUCGGCAUAACACUUCCCCAUAUUGAUCCAUUGGUCAUUGUACUACACGUGAACCGAUUUACCAUUGAACGCAUCCUCAUAGACCAAGGGAGCACUUCAGAGGUUAUGUAUUACGAGACCUUCAUCAAACUCAGUUUCAACGAAUCAGAACUGUCUCUGGCUCCUCAUCCGUUAUUCGGCUUCAACGCAAAUCCCGAGUAG